AUGCGCUCGAAAAUAUUUGAUGAUGCCGAGCUCGAUCGACUACGACGUGAGGCCAUUCCCUCAUCGAAUGAAUUGGCUAUGGCUGGGGAUGCGGCUCCUCAGGCGACAGACCAGCAUCCACGCGUGGAAGCCGCCAUGGAUUUCCCAGUUGUGGUUAAUUCGGACGAUGAUGAAAUGGUUUCCCACGAACUAGGGCAAAUGAGGAGUAUAUUGGAAGAGGCGAUUUUGGAAACGCGCAGCAUGCCUCUCAAUAAUCGACCGGACUUCCCCGAAUACCCCUAA